AUGUCCAGAGAAUGUUCACGAGGUUCCUGUCGCAUCUGCGGACAGCAACACCAUACUCUGCUGCACUUAGCAACACAUCAAAGCCCACCAGCUCAACCAGCACAACCGAUGAGACGACUUCAGAUGAAUCCACGUCACCAGCAACCGUUCCAUACAUCACCGAAUGUGCAAAGUCAUAAUCAACCACAGAACACCAACGCUUUUCAACAUUCAACCAAUCGAUCCACCAGCACUUCCUUACCCAUUGUUUCUCAAAGCACGCACAGACAAACGCCACCUCCCAGAGACACUCCUGUAAGUCAUAACACUGCCCUCUUUGCUAACGAAACCAAGUCAUCACGAUCGGUUCUACUUGCAACCGCAGUCGUGGUGCUUGAAGACCAAUUUGGAAAUAAUACACACGCUAGAGCCUUGCUCGAUAGCGGCUCUCAGAUGUGUUUUAUAUCUGAGAACUUGUCGCAAAAGCUUGAAUUUGAGCUCUCGGGAACUCAUUACCUUACGGUGGAUCUGCCAGCAUCAAAGAUUCGCACCGACAGCUUGAAUAUACCUCAAGAAAUAGACCUUGCCGAUCCACAUUUUAAUGAACCUGGCGCCGUUGAUGUCAUACUUGGUGCCGGUCUAUUUUUCGAUCUACUGAAGGACGAACAAAUGAAAUUGAAGGGAAGCAAUCUCACUAUCCGGAAGACUGAAUUUGGCUGGAUAGUCUGUGGACGAACACCAGAAGAACAUAUUCAUUCUAGAUCAGUCAUCGCAAAUCAUACCAUCGAACGAAUUGAUGAAACAUUAACACGCUUUUGGGAGCUGGAAUCGUGUCGCUCGAAAAGCACACACUCCAUCGAAGAAUCGAUAUGUGAAGCUACAUUUUAUCGAACUACUCUUCGUGACUCUAGUGGAAGAUUUAUAGUCACAUUACCAAAAAAAGCUUUUAAAAUUAAGCAGCUUGGAGAUUCAAAAUCCAUUGCGCUGAAGCGUUUCCUAGCACUCGAGAAACGGCUUUCAGCCAAUGCAGAGAUCAAAACCAUGUAUAUUAACUUCAUCGAGGAGUAUCAUCGUCUUGGACAUAUGAGAGAGGUAGUUACAGAUGAUGAAACUUCUCAGCAGUACUUUAUUCCCCAUCAUUGUAUUAUUAAACCUGAAAGCACCACAACGAAAUUACGCGUUGUAUUUGACGCUUCGUGUCCUAGUUCAACCGGAGUAUCUCUCAAUGAUGCUUUAAUGGUCGGACUCACUGUACAAGAUGAUUUGAUUUCGCUCAUUCUUCGGUUCGGGUUUCAUCGGUAUGCUUUGAUUGCGGACAUUGAAAAAAUGUAUCGCCUGGUUGAAGUUCAACAACAUGAUAGACGAUUGCAACGUAUAUUUUGGAGGAAUCAUCCGAACGAACCAAUUCGCGUGUUCGAAUUGUGCACCGUGACAUAUGGUACAGCAUCCGCCCCGUACCUGGCAACGAAAUGUCUGAAGCGGCUCACGGAACUCGAUGGCGCGAAGUUUCCGGAUGCCGCAGUUGUUCUCGCAAGUGACUUUUAUGUAGACGAUUUGAUUUCUGGCGUCGACACCACGGAAGAUGGUGUUAAAUUAUACCACGAGCUAACACGACUUUUGAAAAAUGGUGGCUUUACAUUACGAAAGUGGAGUUCGAAUAACUCAACAAUGCUCGAUCAUAUUCCUCAUGAUAUGAGAGACGAUCGGUCAUCCGUCGACUUAGAAAGUGCUGGUACCGUUAUCAAAACACUGGGAUUAGUCUGGGAGCCCAGAUUGGACUGCUUUAAAUUCAAGGUUCCCUUGUGGAAUCGUACAGAAGUUUGCAAAAGGACUGUCCUCUCUGAUUUGGCUCGAAUUUUCGAUCCAAUUGGAUUAAUUAGUCCAAUAAUAAUCUCAGCCAAAAUCUUCGUCCAAGACCUCUGGAAGCAGAAGCUUUCUUGGGACGAUCCACUUAGUAGCGAUCUACAAUCUCAGUGGCAAAAAUAUCGCCACAGUUUAAUUGGGUUAGAAAAUUUGAGGAUUCCCCGAUGGUUAGCAUUUUCCAAAACAUGUCUGACCGUUGAGCUCCACGGAUUUUGUGAUGCAUCCAUCAAGGCAUAUGGAGCCUGCAUCUACGUUCGAUGUACUCACAUCGACGGACAAAUCACUUCGAACCUGCUAGCUGCGAAGUCAAAAGUUGCACCGCUUGAUGACCAGAAAAGAAAGAAGAGAUCACAAACGAUUCCACGACUAGAACUCUCCUCGGCAUUACUUCUUGCUCAUCUGUACGAGAUAACGUCGAAGAGCAUUCGGAUAUCUGCUAGACCUUUUUUUUUGGACAGAUUCAAUGAUUGUUCGCUAUUGGUUGUCAUCGAUCCCAUCGAGAUGGCAAGCAUUCGUAGCGAAUAG